CCAACAUUCAAUAAACACUCAUAAGUGAUUGACACUGCGGUUAAAGUGUUCAGCAAGCAUCAUCCAAGAUCAUCUCGACUGCUGUGCCCGGCUCAUACCAGACUCCGUGAUAGCUGUGGGCGCAGUAUCUCGGACAAAAGGUCUUAGAGCAAACGUGAUAGACAUGAAGACCACAUUCGUUGGUCCAAACGGCCAGUACGGCCCCCAGGGUGCAGCUGCAAGGACUAUGCAACUUCACUUAUAGAAGUGGUCCGCAAAGGAGUGCUCUCCGGAGUAUCUCAUCUGCCCUCUUAGAACCCACUUUACAUCUAGCCCAGAACUCACGUCAAACAAUGGCAUCUCUCAGGAUUCAUCCUCCUUUACUCUACACAGCUGCAACCAUCUGGCCAGCUGUGUGCACCGGGAUCGUCAGCGCUCGGUUUGCAGUGCGUAGAUCCCAGAGAAGCCAUUACGGAUGGGAUGACUGGCUCACGCUGCCAGCAUUAUUCUUGAUAUGGUGUUUGAGCGCAGCCCUUCUAGUUGGUGUAGGAACAAAAUCAAUGGGGUAUCCGACUCCUGUUAUAUCCCCUGAACUCUCCUUUGUCUCUACGAGUCACGAGCAGACGAUCACGCGGAAGAUCUAUUGGCUCUUCCUGGUCGUUCAGACACCGACCCUGGCAUGUGUCAAACUGAGCUGCUUAGCAUUCUAUCUACGCAUCUUUUACACCGGCUCAAACGAGGGUACCAGAUGGGUGCUUUGGGCUCUUAUCACUGUCAUGCUUUGUGGCACUUUGAGGCACCUAGAGUACCUAUGGACCUCGGUGGAGAAUUUCAUGAAAUGCACUGUCGACAGCGUCGCAUUCCAUAAAGCUCUGGGUAUAUCAGAUGUUGUGACCGAUAUGGUAUUGCUGUUAUUUCCACUACCAUAUAUAUGGGACCUUAAAAUGGGCGUGCAGCGGAAAUUGGCAGUUACUGUCAUCUUUCUAUUCGGAUCUCUAUCAAUCGCCACUUCGGCCGUCCGGUUGACCAUCUUCAUGCAAUCAUUGGAAAUUGAAUUCCAGGCUUCAUCCGAUCAAGAUUUCUUGUCGACUGGCGCUGCAUACUUUAUGCUCCUCGAGGCUGGCUUUGGGCUUUGUACGGUUUGCCUACCAAGCCUAUCAAACUUCCUCCAUCUCAAGGGGGUGCAAACCUUUUUCCAGAACGUUUCUAGCAUUUUCUCUGUAGCGAGCCGUUCUAGAGGUACAUUGGUAGAUUCUUAUGAGCUCGAGGACGAGAAAGAACAUGUUCAUAUAACCAGGACGUUUCAAAUUGCAGAAGAGCGGGUUUGA